UGUGACUGUUGAACUGCGUUUCUUAAUUAGGAGGGCAACGGUGUCACGAGUAAACCACUGCGUCUCGAGAGCAUCGAUGAUACGGGUUGCGAUAUGAACCUUCGUAAGCUUUUGAUUUUAUUGCUAUUUUUUGUAACAGUUUCAUCUUCUCCCCCUUCGUCUCCUCCUACCGUUCCUUCGGUGCCGGAGAAGAAGAAAGCCGGUUGUAUAAAAGUGAAUAAUUGCAAGUGUAUCAUGAGCGAUGGUUCAGGAGUAAUUAACCUGGCUGCGUUGGGGGAUUCGGAUGGCUACCUGGAGCGAUUUAAACCCAUCCUGUCCGAGAAGGUACCCGCUAGCACAGAGAUACUUCUAUCCUUCAGCCCGUGUUUACCUUUUUCGGAGCCUGAGGAUUUCACUGGUACGGACUGCUUGGAUGUGGCAGCGUGCUUGAUCGUCAGGCAUCGCAAAAACAACAGAUUUGUAAGUCGCUAUAUUAACUAUGGGAGACAUGAAGGCAAUGAAUUUCAAUACAAUGACAGCACUAAGACCCUGUCUGUUGCAUACCCAGUCCUGAGCACAAGCCACCCCCAGACCAUAGUGCACUACCACUGCAGUCCCAACCGCUCCAUCACCUUCUCUCACCAUUUUGGGAGAGGCGUGCCUCUGCAGAUUCAGGUGGAUAGUCCCUGUGCCUGCCCCAAUGCCUGCGCCUUGGAGGAUGUGGGUCCCGGCACCAUCUUCCUCAUCAUCCUCUGCCUCAGCAUGACAGCUUACCUUAUCUUGGGCUCCUGUGCUCUACGGCCCUUCCGGACCAGCAGUGGGGUCCAGAUUGCCCCAGAAGAGAGCUUAUGGUGCAUGCUGUGUUACCUCUUCACAGAGAGAAAGGGGAAGAGACCACGUCGGAAAUGCUACUCUCUGAAGGAGGAGACUCUGUAAACGUGGGACACACAGGCAGGGGAGGACAUGAGACACAGGGAAAUAGAGAAAUACAUGGGGGAAACAUUGGUGGUCUAAGGGGGAAGGUUUUGGAGGACUGGGCAAUGCACUGUAGCCUUAUAUUACACAGAGCUUCCCCUUCUCAAUGUAUAAAAGCAUCUUGAUCCUGAACCUUUCAGGGACUAUGAGCUUGUUUGUGCCACUAGAUGGAGCCGAAAAUCCAUUUAUGAGCGAUGGUAUGACAAACAUUGAUAGUGAUGUUUAGAAUUGUGUAUGAAGGCUAUAAAAUGUAUCUUUUCAUAAGCACAGCCUUUGGAAACAUAACAUCAUUGUAUAAUCUGCCCUGAAGAUGCAUUAAGUGUAUUUUCUUUAGACCACAAACCUCCAAAUAUCCCUACAGUAGCUAUUGUAAAGAUGGUUGGUCAUCAGAAACGUCUCUAAAUAUCUAAAAUGUCCAUCUGUACACAAAAACUGUGUUUGGGUCAAUGAAAAACAUUUUAAAAAUCUGAAAUAAUAUUUUUAAAAACCCAGAAAUCCCUUGCAAGAAGUCUACCUGCACAGAAUGUACAUAUCCACAGGUCAUUAUUGCCAUUUAGAUGGGCUGAUGAGAACCAGAUGAUUAGAUAAGGGUUUUGGUCCAGGAGACCCUGGUAAAUGCUGAUUUUUAAGACAGCAAAUCCUGUAACCCUGGACAAGCAGUCAUUGUAGAUCCUUCCAUGAUU